AUGAUUCUUACAAAGAUAUUUGGCCGAAGAUAUGAAGAGGAGAUCAUUGGAGGUCAUGAAGCACAACCUCAUUCACGUCCAUACAUGGCGCUUGUUGUGUUACUUCAUGAUGGAAAGUUGGGAAGGUGUGGUGGUUUCCUUGUGGAAGAAGAUAUUGUUCUGACAGCAGCUCACUGCUGGGGAAGCCCCAUGAAUGUCAUCUUGGGGGUCCAUGAUACUGAGUUUCAAGAAAAGACAUGGCAGAAAAUUCGUGUGAAAAAAGCCGUCCCCCACCCUAAGUAUAAUAAUACGACUGAUAUUAAUGACAUCAUGAUACUACAGCUGAACACAAAGGCCCAAAUGACUGCUGCUGUGGGCCUAAUCCCUCUGCCUGAAGAAAGUGACUAUGUGAGGCCUGGGCAGGUGUGCAGUGUGGCUGGCUGGGGCAAUAUCUCUGACAGUGAACGAACAAGAAAGCUGCAUGAGGUGGAUCUUGUCAUUCAGGAGCACUUCCAGUGUGAGCGCCGCGUGCCGGAUUAUGACAGGACCACUGAGCUGUGCAUGGGAGAUCCUCAGAAAAAGAUUUCCUCUCCUCUCUGUUCCCAGGGAGACUCUGGAGGUCCCUUGGUAUGCAGAAAUGUGGCCCACGGUGUUUAUAGCUAUGGAAGUAGAACUCAAAUUUCCCCAUGUAUCUCCACCAAUAUCUCCAGUUUUUUACCCUGGAUAAAGAAAACAAUAAAAGGUCUCCAAAUGGAAGAAUCGCCCUGA